AUGCUAGGUGCUUUCAUAGGCAUUUUCUCUACCAUAGUCCCUACCAACCGGCUGCCCCCGGGAAUUUCUGCAACUUCGACACCCAGCCCAAGUGCCCUCUCCUUCUCCCCUGACUUCGCGGCCCUUGUAGCAGCCCGGCCACACAGCACAGAGCACAUUGCCCUGGGCGGACAGGCGGCUGCCGCGAGCGCGCCGGUGCCCAGCAGGUGGCGCCGCAGCGGCGAAGCCCCGGGCCCUGCCCGCCGGUCCGGGAGCCGCGGGGGGGCGCGCGCUCACGCAGCGCCCCUUCCUUCCUUCCGCCGCCGCGGCCCGGCCGGCCGGGCUCCGCGCGCUCCCGUGCGCCCCGGGCGCGUGUCCGCCGCGUCCCCGUCCCCCGGCGCCGUGGCGCUCCCCGGGGCCCGCGCCCGAGGCUGGGCGGCGGCGGCGGCGGCCAGAGCGGCCCAGAGGCGCCGCCGCGCGGAGGGCGCGCGAGGACCCCCGAGCCCGCGCGCGGCGCUUUACGUGCACUGGCCCUACUGCGAGAAGCGCUGCAGUUACUGCAACUUCAACAAGUACAUCCCCCGUGGCGUGGAGGAGGCCGCCGUGCGGAGCUGUCUGGUGACUGAGGCGCAGACUCUGCUGCGACUCAGCGGCGUGCGGAGGGUGGAAUCUGUGUUCUUUGGUGGGGGCACCCCCAGUCUGGCCAGUCCCAGCACCGUAGCCGCUGUCCUGGAGGCGGUGGACCAGGCAGCUCACCUGCCUGCAGACUCGGAAGUCACAUUGGAGGCCAACCCCACUUCGGCUCCAAGCUCCAGGCUGGCGGCCUUUGGGGCAGCAGGGGUCAACAGGUUGUCCAUCGGCCUCCAGUCCCUGGAUGACACUGAGCUCCAGCUGCUGGGGCGAACACACUCAUCCAGGGAUGCUCUCCAGACACUGGCAGAGGCACGGCGCCUCUUCCCUGGGCGUGUAUCUGUGGACCUGAUGCUGGGGUUGCCCGCGCAGCAGGUGGGGCCAUGGCUGAGGCAGCUGCGGACACUGCUGGGCUGCUGUGAUGAUCACAUCUCCCUCUACCAGCUGACUCUGGAGCGGGGCACUGAGCUCUUCACCCAGGUGCAACGGGGUACCCUUUCUGCCCCUGACCCUGAGCUCGCUGCUGAGAUGUACCAGGAGGGACGGGCGCUGCUUCGAGACGCUGGCUUCCGCCAGUAUGAGGUCUCCAACUUUGCCCGGAAUGGGGCGCUUAGUACCCACAAUUGGACUUACUGGCAGUGCGGUCAGUACCUUGGCGUGGGGCCUGGGGCCCAUGGGCGAUUUGCACCCCAGGGGGCCGGGGACCACACCCGAGAGGCUCGGAUUCAGACCCUGGAGCCGGACAACUGGAUGAAAGAAGUGAUGCUGUUCGGGCAUGGCACCCGGAGACGCAUCCCCCUGAGCAAGCUGGAGCUGCUGGAGGAAGUUUUGGCCAUGGGGCUACGUACAGACGUGGGGAUCACUCACCAGCACUGGCAGCAGUUUGAGCCCCAGCUGAGCCUAUGGGACGUGUUUGGAGCAAGCCAGGAGGUGAAGGCUUUGCUGGCGCAGGGCAUCUUGCUGCUGGAUCACAGGGGUCUUCGGUGUUCCUGGGAAGGUCUGGCUGUGCUAGACUCUCUGUUGCUGACCCUCCUGCCUCGACUCCAAGACGCCUGGCAGCAGAGAGCCCCUUCUCUUGUGCAAGGAGAAUGACCAAACGUUCCUGUGUCCCGGUGCCAUGCCAGAGAGAGAGAGCGCAAGAGCACACGCACCAGCAGGAAGAGCAGCAGAGGGAGAGGGAGAAGCAGACUCCCCACUGAGCAAGGAGUCUGAUGCGGUGCUCAAUCCCAGGACCCUGAAAUCAUGACCUGAGCUGAAGGCAGAUGCCUAACAGACUGAGCCACCCAGGCGCCCUUGUUCUUUUUUUAAAAAGCUUCCUUCCUUUGUGUUCAUUUUUAUGACACUAGAUUUUUGAGAGUCAAGGCCAUUGUCUUAUAGAAUGUCCCACGUUCUGGGUGUAUCUGUUUCCUAAUGACUGGGUUUAGGUAAAAUAUUUUUGGCAAGCAUACAUAUAGAUAUUGUGUAGCUCAAGGUACAUCCUGUCAGCUCAGCCCACUAUCAAUAAUACUAAUUUUGAUUACUUGAUUAAAGUGGUGGAUGCCCAAUCUGUCCGUCAUGCAAGUACAUUUUUCACUUUGAAAUUGAUAGAUUAUCAGUAGAGUGAUACCUGGAAACCAAACAAAUGCCCUGUUCCCUGACAAACAUUGCUUCAGUAAGUUUAGUGUUUACUGAUGAUCCUUGCCUAAAUCAGUGACUAGACUGGGAGGUACAAAAUGUUCAGUUGUGACUCUAAUAUACUGUCUACGUUUGUAACUGAUACACUUCCAUUAAAAAAAAGGAGCUUUCCAUUUUUUGAAA